AUGGUGUCCCGUAAGAAGCCCGAUUUCGUAUACUUAAUGGAAACAAAAGUAGAUCGGAGUCAUGCAGAAAGAUUGCGAGUUAAGAUUGGUUUUGAGGGUCUAUUUUAUGUGGAUCCGGUUAGGGGAGGGGGUGGCUUAGCAUUAUUAUGGAAGAAGAAUAAUACUGCUAGGCUGUUGAGUUAUUCGAAGAACUAUGUGGAUGUGGAGGUGGUUAUAAUGGAAAAGAUAUGGCGGAUGACAUGCUUCUAUGGGUUUCCACAGAGACAUAGACGCAGAGAGGCGUGGCAAUUGUUAACUGGGUUAAGGGAUAAGUCUACACUGCCCUGGGUGGCGUUGGGGGAUUUCAAUGAUUUAUUAUACCAACGUGAGAAGAGAGGGGGGAAUCCUCACCCGGAUAGUCUGUUGAGAGGGUUUGGGAUACUGUUUACAAUUGUGGACUGGACCAAUUGCCAAUGCGGGGUCACCAGUUUACAUGGGAGAAGGGGAAAGGGACUGAUAGAUGGAUGGAGGAAAGGUUGGAUAAGAUAUGGGGGACCGAAACGAUUCCGCUUUGAGAUGGCAUGGAUUCAUGAUGACGGUUGUCGGAGGGUGGUGGAGACAGCCUGGCAGGAUGGUAGGGAUAAGGGGCUGUUGAUUUGUCAGCAGCAUUGUGGGGGGAGGCUAAUGCGGUGGGGUGGGGAGCAUUGGCAUAAGUUUGGUGAUCGCAUCAAGCAAUUGAGGAAAGAGCAGGACGAGAUACGGCACAGACGAGAUUCGGCUGCAUUGGCCGAAUUUCGCGACAUUGAGGAGAGACUAGUGCAGUUGGAGAUGCAGGAGGAUGUAUUUUGGAGGCAGCGGGCGAAGCAGCACUUGCUGCGCGGUGCGGACUGCAAUACGAAGUUCUAUCACAGGUACGCUUCUGCUCGUAGAAGGAAAAAUUAUAUUCCUAGAUUAAAAGAUGAUAUGGGUGCAUGGGUGGAGGGGGAUAAUAUGAAGAGAGUUGUCUUGGAAUAUUAUGCUGCUAUUUUUACAUCAUCAGACACUGAAUGUGAGGAUCCCAUGUUUGAUAAUUUUGCCCACCGUGUGAUUAGUGAGCAGAACACUAAACUCCUCCGCCAGUUUGAGUUAGAAAAGGUCAAGAGUGCUUUAUUUGCAAUGUUCCCUGACAAAGCACCAAGACCGGAUGGUAUGAAUCCUGGAUUUUACCAGGAAUAUUGGGAUAUUGUGGGGGGAGAUGUGUCUAAAUUUAUUGUGAAUUGCUUGAACUCAGGCUCGUUGCCUGAAGGAUUGAAUGAUACUAAUGUGGUCUUAAUCCCGAAGAAAGAUGCGCCUGAGACAGUAGCUGAUAUGAGACCAAUAGCACUGAGUAAUGUUCUGUACAGGAUCAUGGCAAAGGUAAUAGCCAAUAGGAUGAAACCGCUCAUGGGGAACCUCAUCUCUGAGGCCCAGAGUGCUUUUAUCCCUGGGAGACUUAUUACUGAUAAUAUUUUAAUAGCUGCGGAGGUGGGGCAUUACUUGAAUAGAAAACAGUGUGGAAGGAAGGGGUGGGCAGCAUUGAAAUUGGAUAUGGCCAAGGCGUAUGAUAGGAUGGAAUGGCAGUUCCUGAGAUGGAUGUUGGAGUGGAGGUGUAACGCCAACCAGGGGGUUGCGGCAGGGGAUCCUUUGUCCCCAUAUUUAUUCCUCAUAUGUGCAGAAGGUUUAUCUGUGUUAUUGCAAAGAGCGCAAAUGUCUGGUUUAAUACAUGGCUGCAGGGUUGCUAGGGGAGCCCCGCAGAUAUCACAUCUAUUUUUUGCAGAUGAUAGCCUAUUAUUUUUUAGAGCAGACGGGGAGGAGGCGGGAGUAAUUAAACAGUGCCUGGGACGAUAUGAGGAGCUUUCAGGACAAAAGGUAAAUUAUCACAAGUCCAGUGUCUGUUUUAGCAGAAAUACCAGUGUGGAAGAUAGGGAAGAGGUGGCGAUUUGCUUGCAGGUAGACCAGGCACCCAAUUUUGGGAAAUAUCUGGGACUACCAUCUUUUGUGGGGAGGAACAAGAAGGCAAGAACAAUGAACAAGUAUUGGUGGGGCACUGGUAUGGAUGGAGGAAUACACUGGAAAGCCUGGGAUAAGUUAAGUAUCCCAAAGAAAUAUGGAGGAAUGGGGUUCAAAGAUCUCAAGAAUUUUAAUUUAGCAAUGUUGGGAAAACAGGCAUGGCGCCUACUCACAAGUCCAGACACACUUGUUGCAAAAGUCUAUAAGGCAAGGUACUAUCCUAAUACCACUUUUCUUGAUGCCAAAGUAGGAGGAUGCCCGAGCCACUCAUGGAGGAGUAUUAUGGCAGCUCAUGAUAUGGUGGUGGCACGGGUGCGCAGGAGGAUAGGGGAUGGUAAAACAACACUGAUCUGGGGACACCCGUGGUUGCCUGAUAAUCCUAGCCCUUUGGUGCAGACUGAUAUGCCUGUAGAGCUCAGGCACGCUAAAGUGGUAGGUUUAAUAGAUGAGCAAACUGCUACCUGGGACCCACAUAUUUUAGCAGAUUUAUUUGAGGAGGAAGAUGUGAGUAGAAUAUUGAGGAUACCUGUUAGUCCAGGAUAUGAGGACUCAUGGUAUUGGCCUGAUGACCCCAAUGGGAUAUACACAGUUAAAAAUGCCUACAGACACAUUACGGGAAUUUAUGAUCACUGGCCUGGGAGUUUUGAGAAAUGGACUAAAAUGUGGGGAAUGAAAAUACCCCCAAAAUGGAAGACUUUUUUGUGGAGAGCAGUUUGUGAUAUUCUUCCAACAACUAACAACUUGAUUAUAAAGAGGGUGGAAGUGGAUCCCACAUGCCAAAUAGGACCAAAGUGCAGCGGUGGUGGCUUUGCAUUAUUGCUUAUGGAGAUGCAGGAAUUCAGCGGUAUGGGACGGCACACUGCCGCGGCCUACGACGGCCUGGAGACAGGCCACGGCGGCGCUCCACUCCUACCGGCAGGUGGUGUGCCGUGGCACGGCGGCUCCCACGACGACUACAGCAGAUGGCGACACCGACUCCACCCCACGGUGUUACGUGGAUGCGGGGUAUCGGGAGGACACAGGGGAAGCUAUAUAUGGUAUUGUGCUGCUGUCUCCGGGAGGAACUUUUAUUGCAGCGAAAAAUGGGAGACUAUCGAAUUGUUUGUCACCAUUCAUGGCGGAGGCACUGGCAUGUAA